CUCUUACCGCUGCCCAGCUAUGGCUGGUCUGCUCCGGGCUGCCGCAGUCUGGGGGCCGUUUCCCUGGAGGGGCUACUGCUCCAGGGUAAGGCAGGGCAAACUCAGCAAGGACUUUGUGGAGGCUCUGAAGGCGAUUGUGGGGAGCCCCCACGUGUCUACUGCUGCUGCAGUACGGGAGCAACACGGGCACGACGAGUCACUGCACAGGUGCCAACCUCCGGACGCCGUGGUGUGGCCCCAGAACGUGGAGCAGGUCAGCCAGCUGGCAGCCCUGUGCUAUGGCCAAGGCAUACCCAUCAUCCCCUUCGGCACUGGCACUGGGCUUGAGGGUGGAGUCUGUGCUGUGCAGGGCGGCGUCUGCAUCAAUCUGACUAACAUGGACCGAAUCCUGGCUCUGAAUUCAGCAGACUUCUCUGUGGUGGUGGAACCCGGUGUCACCCACAAAGCACUUAACACCUACCUGCGGGACAGUGGCCUCUGGUUUCCUGUGGACCCAGGUGCAAACGCCUCUCUCUGUGGCAUGGCAGCCACCGCGGCCUCGGGCACCAACGCUGUGCACUAUGGCACCAUUCGGGAAAAUGUGCUGAACCUGGAGGUGGUGCUGCCUGGUGGGCAGGUGCUCCAUACGGCGGGCCAGGGCCGCCACUUCCGGAAGAGCGCAGCUGGCUACAACCUCACCGGGCUCUUUGUGGGCUCUGAGGGGACACUGGGCCUCAUCACAGCCGCCACCUUGCGCCUGCACCCUGCCCCUGAGGCCACAGUGGCCUCCAUCUGCACGUUCCCCAGUGUCCAGGCAGCCGUGGAUAGCACCGUACACAUCCUCCAGGCUGCAAUACCCGUGGCCCGUAUUGAGUUCCUGGAUGAGGUCAUGAUAGAAGCCUGCAACAGGCACAGCAAACUGAACUCCCCUGUGGCGCCCACGCUCUUCCUCGAGUUCCAUGGCUCCAAGCAGGCACUGGCAGAGCAGGUGCAGUGGGCAGAGAAGAUCACCCAAGACAAUGGAGCCUCCCGCUUCUCCUGGGCCAAGGACGCAGAGGAGCGCAACCAGCUCUGGGCUGCCCGGCACAAUGCCUGGUACUCGGCCCUGGCCCUGCGGCCGGGCUGCAAGGGAUAUUCCACUGAUGUUUGUGUUCCCAUCUCCCGGCUGCCGGAGAUCCUGGUGCAGACCAAGGAGGACCUGAAGACCUCAGGGCUCACAGGAGGCCUUAUUGGACACGUGGGCGAUGGUAACUUCCACUGCAUACUGCUGGUAGACCCAGAGGAUGCUGACGAGCUCCGCAGGGUUCAGACCUUUGCGUACCAGCUGGGCAGGCGGGCACUUGCACUCCACGGGACAUGCACUGGGGAACACGGCAUUGGGCUGGGCAAGCGGCAGUUGCUUCAGGAUGAAAGAGGUGCUGUGGGCAUGGAGAUCAUGCGGCAGCUCAAAGCCACACUGGACCCCCGAGGUCUCAUGAACCCAGGCAAGGUGCUGUGAGGGGCUCCGAGUACCUGACCAACAAGCCCCCAGACCAGUGGAACAUCCUGUCUGGACUCUCUUCAUGCCACAGAUCAGCUCUGCUUUUGCCUCCUACCUGGAGCCCAAGGCCAGAGGAAGGUGAAAGAAGCCUGAAGGCUUCGCUCUCUCCUGGUGAAGCUGUUUCCUCUCUGCCCUCUUAUACAGCCUGUCCUGCCAGUGUGGCUCGCCCCAAAGACUAAGAUGACUCCCUUCCAUUCAGGCUUCCCCACUGCUGGGAGCCUGGACAAAGCCUGAGGAGCGAAGUACCCUUAGCUCUACUCCUUCUGCCUGCUGCCAUGCAGUGCUUUCUUUGUGUGGGAUGGGACCUUGAGAGUUCUCUUUGAGGCCCCCAAAUAAAGUGGAACCCCGCCUGUGGCUGUGUGGAGAUGAGCAGGCAGCA